UGGAAGGGGAAACACAUGCCCACAAUCAAUUGGAGACCAUGUCACAGCUGUGGUUGAAAGUCCACCAUAGCCAAUGCUGGAAAAGUAAACAUUAAGAUCAGUCGCUCCUACAGCGUGGUAUAUUGCAAUUUCUUACCUGAAGAAAUCAGCACCAAUUAGGAAAUGGCCAAAGUCGAAAGAUUUGCUUUUCACGUUCCAAGUCUGGAGGAGCUUGCUGGGGUGUUGCAGAAAGGGCUUAAAGAAAACUUCGCUGAUGCUCAAGUCUCUGUUGUAGACUGUCCUGAUCUGACUCAGGAACCCUUCAACUUUCCUGCUAAAGGAAUCUGUGGAAAGCCUAGAAUAGCGGAUGUGGGAGGUGUUCCUUACCUCAUACCUGUUGUACAGAAAGAAAAAGUUUACGAUCUAAAUACAGUUGCAAAAGACAUAGAGCUGCCUGGAGCUUUCAUUCUUGGAGCUGGAGCUGCUUCAUCUAAGAUUCUUGGAGUAAAUGCUGAGCUUAUCCCUAUUGUUCAAACUAAGAGCGAAAAAAAGCCUGCUGUAAAUGGGAGCUACAUUGCUCAGAUAAAUCCUGCAGAUAAAGGGUGCCUGCUUGAGAAGUACAGCAGUAAAUAUACUGACUGUGAGUUUGGGCUGUUGGCCAACCUUUAUGCCAGUGAGGGCCAACCUGGUAAGGUCAUUGAAGUGAAAGCCAAUGGAAGAACUGGGGAACUUAACUUUGUGUCUUGUCUGAGACAAAUUUUAGAGAAACACUAUGGAGAAAAGCCAGUUGGGAUGGGUGGUACAUUUAUCAUACAGAAGGGGAAAGCAAAGAUUCACAUCAUGCCUCCAGAAUUUUCUGCCUGUCCUCUGAAUACUGAUGAGGAUGUGAAUAACUGGCUCAAAUUCUUUGAAAUGAAGGCUCCACUGAUUUGUCAGCCAGUAAUAGUUUCCAGAGAUCCAGGCUUUGAUCUGCGCGUAGAGCACACCCACUGUUUCAGCCACCAUGGGGAAGGAGGACACUACCAUCAGGACACCAGCCCCGACAGUGUGCAGUACCUGGGGUACCUUCUGCCCGCCGAGCUGCUCUUCCGCAUCGACAGGCCCCAGGAGACACACCUGGUCGGGAGAGACUGAAACGGGGAGGCUCUGGUGAAGGCAUAGCAAUUGGAUCUUUCUAAAAUACAAAUUAUGAUUUUUUUAACGGUUCUAAUUAUGCACAUUUAUCAGAGUCGAGAAUAAAUACGAGCGCAGUAAACUGCCAGCUUCUCAAUUUUGUUAAAGCGAGAAAUUCAGAGUGUACGUGUAAUUGAAAUUGUUAUGACUGAAUUCAAACAGUAAUUU